AGCCAGCGGAAGCCGUGCUCAGCCAGCCCCAGCCAGCGCCAGGGCUCUAAAACCCACUCCGGCUGCAGAGCCUGUAAGGUGGUGAAGCCUUUGCACCCUGGUCCUGCUGCCGUGGGAAAUCCCAACCCUGCUUGGCACCAGGCAUUGAGGAGUCUGCAGGCAGCAUCAUCUGGCACCAGGGGAGCUGAGCUAUCAAGGUCUAGUUGUGCAAGGAAGCAGAGGGACGACAGGAUGCUGGAGGUCUGCGUGGCUCCCUGCAAGCGGUGAUGUGCCAGCUGGAUCCCUGUGCCACAAGCAGAGUUCAGGAGGGUAUUGCAGCCCACUCCUUCCCCACCUUGUCCCAGCAAGGCUCAGGCCAACAGGAACUUGUAUAUCCUCCUGCAUCCCCAAACCACCGGCCCUGGAGCAGGCAACAGCUCCAAUAUUUGUGGGGCUUUUCUUACGUCUCCCAAGGCUGCAUUGUCCCUGCAUCGUCCUGUGGCUUGAAGUGACAAGGAGCAAGGGGCUGGGACCGCCCUGCCCUUCUGAUGGAGACUAGCCUUUGAGCUGGACCAGCCUCUCCUUUGACUCAAGGCACCUGCCUCCCCGUGUUUUGGGAGGGAUUGUUUCUGUCUCAGCCCCACAGCGGUGGUGCGCAACUGUGCACACUCAUCUGUCUUGUGAAAUACAAGCGUGUGUCCCGAAGGUGGAGAUGGAAUUGCCUGCACCCCAGCACAAGCUGAGUCAUGGCCACCAAGGUUUCAUGUGACCUGCAUACCUGUGCUGGGCUUGUUGCGUGCCUGCAGAUAAACUUUGAGGGGGCCCUGGAUCAGCCUUCCUGGCAGGAGAACUCUGGUGUCUCUCAGUGGGCAAGCGGACAUAGGGGAUAUGGUGAAAAGCUGACGGAGAGCAGCCAUAAGACUUGCUGGGACCUGUGCUAACUCUUGCCACACAAGAUGACAGCAAGAGACGGGCCCCAAGAUAGGUACAAGGCUGUCUGGCUGAUCUUCUUCAUCCUCGGCCUGGGAACACUGCUGCCAUGGAAUUUCUUCAUGACUGCCAGAGAGUAUUUCAUCAAGCGCCUUGCGGACCCGGAGGAGACGAGCCACGUCAGGAACCAGACUGGUGAGGCCACCUUCACACCCUCCUACCUGCAGUCUGUGUUUGACAACUUCAUGACUCUCUGCGCCAUGGUGCCCCUCCUUAUCUUCACCUGCCUCAACUCCUUCAUCCAUCAGCGGAUUCCCCAGCAGAUCCGUAUCUCAGGCAGCCUGGUGGCCAUUGGGCUGGUAUUUUUAGUCACCGCGAUCAUGGUGAAAGUCCCCAUGGAGCCUCUUCCCUUCUUCGUCUUUACCAUGAUCAGCAUUGUCUUCAUCAACUCCUUCGGCGCCAUUCUUCAGAGCAGCCUGUUUGGGCUGGCAGGGCUCCUGCCUGUCAGCUACACGGCUCCCAUCAUGAGUGGGCAGGGUUUGGCAGGCACAUUCGCUGCUUUGGCAAUGAUCUGCAGUAUUGCCAUUGGUGCCCAGCAACCCGAGAGCUUCAUCGGUUACUUCACCACGGCCUGUGUGACAAUCGUGCUGGCAAUCGUCUCCUACGUAGUUCUGCCUCACAUGGAUUUCUUCCGAUACUACUCCAUGAAGGACAAGACAGAGUACCGCGUGUACAAUGCAGAGCUGGAGACCAAGAGAGACCUGAUUAAGAAAGACGAGAACGGGAUGGAGCAGAAUAACUCAAAGAUCAUCCCUAUCCACAACCCUGAUGAGCAGCCCUCUGUCAUUGCUAUUUUUAAGAAGCUCUGGGUCUUGGCUCUGUCUGUCUGCUUCGUCUUCACUGUCACCAUCGGCGUCUUUCCUGCCAUCACAGCUAACGUGUCCACUGUCCUCGGAGAGGGAAACAAAUGGGGUCUCUACUUCAUUCCUGUCUCCUGCUUCCUGCUUUUUAACGUCUUCGACUGGACAGGACGCAGUCUCACUGCCCUCUUCACGUGGCCCGGGAUGAACAGCUGCCUCCUGCCAGUGAUGGUGGUCCUCCGUGUCAUCUUUGUCCCUCUUUUCAUGCUGUGCAACGUGAAACCCCGUUAUUACCUGCCUGUUGUGUUCUCUCAUGACGCCUGGUACAUCAUCUUCAUGAUCUUCUUCUCCAUCUCCAAUGGCUACCUGGCCAGCCUUUGCAUGUGCUUCGGGCCAAAGAAAGUGCUUGUGCACGAAGCAGAGACCGCUGGAGCUGUCAUGGCAUUUUUCCUGUCACUGGGUCUGGCCCUAGGAGCUGCUGUCUCCUUUCUGGUCCGACUUCUCAUCUAGCAGAGGCACACAGAGGGUGCAGGGACACCAAGAGAUGGCUCCGCAUCCUCCACUGAGGCCCUGGACACCUCAGCACUGUGGGGAAAUAACAGCUCACACCUGUCCCUGCCAAAUCACACUGCCACAGCAGACAUUACAGCCAGGGACGGUUCCACUCCUGCAGGGCUGGCCUGGUUCCUGCCACGCUCAGCUGUGUGAUGCCCUCAGGCCUACGUGCCUUCUCCUUCCCCAUGCUGUGUGUGUUGUAAGACCCCCGGGAUCUCCAAGAAGUCCAGCUGCCUCCCAUGCUGCAUAACUUCCCUGGCUCAAGGCCAAAAGCCAUUUUCAGCCUCUUUCUCUCUGAGAGAGUGAAAGGCUGGUAACUAGUGUUACUCCUCUUGCCCUUGUCUCCAAAGCACCUAGGAGAUUCUCUCCUCUCCUCCUAGGGGGCCUGGAAAUAUCCCACAGCCCUCCUCCUGCUGACAGACUUGUGAAUGGCGAGGAGAGCCCCAGCCAGCCUUGCCAUCCCUGCUCUCUGCUAUACGCACAUCCCCCUGACCAGUGGUAUCCCUGAAGUGUAGACAUCUGUGUCCCAGCCACAGAAAGAGCCAACACCAUGGCUAGGCUGAGGGAGGAGGAGGUCUCCACACCCCACCUUCUCCCCCUCUCCUUGCCUCUCUUCCCUUUUUUUUUUGGUGAUUCUGACAUUGGUUUUUUUUUUUUUUCAGCCUCCUGGUUGUGUGACAGGAGGUUCUACUGUGGGUUACAAGAGGAAAAGCAGCAACUCCCUUCCCAACAAAGCUGCCUUCCCUACCCAUGUGUGCUACAAGGGAAGGCCUCACCUCUCCCUUGGCUUUCAUGUCCCUUGUCACGUAAAUGUGUCUAUACAGUUGCCAUUUUCUAUAAAAAGAACAAAAUGCUC